CGUGAGAAGUGACGUCAGUCAACAAUAAUGGUUGACUACUUGGAUUUUCCGUAAUAUUUUUCCAAUAACAUCUCGGGCUUUUAAUAAUAUUUACCGUAAGUUUGUGAGCUUAAUUUUAUUUUUCUGUUACGCUAUAGAUAAAUUUAUUUCUUUAUUUUAAUUUAAAAGUGUGAGUCAAACUAACCUUUUGUAUAUUCAUCAUGAUAAAACGACAUGAAAAUAAUAGUGAAUGCCAUUAAUUUAAAUACUCAUCUCAACACUACUGACAGUGUACUGACACCCCACUUUUUGCUUUCUAGUUCUAGUUCUCAUCGGUCUCAUCAUUGAUAGUCAAAUUUUAUUUGGCGGAGGGGGUGUUGUCUUAUGUUAUGUUUUCCAAAACAACGAUGUCAUGAACCGUAUUUUGUUAGAAUGUUUUUAAUUAAUUUUAAUCACAUGACUAUGACUAUCUGGAAAUGUUUCCAAACCUUGAUAACUUGGUGAAAGAUGUGAGAGCUCAUUCACUGUAGGCUCUGUAGUGAGCAAUUAACAAAUUGUUUUCUUUUUGAAUUGCAGAUUUUUACAAAGACGUAAAUUGAUUAGUGUAUGCUGGGUUAACCACUAUGUCUGGGCGGUCUAAGUUGUUGAAGGUGGUCCUCCUUGGGGAUGGAGGUGUGGGCAAAAGUUCUCUGAUGAACAGAUUUGUGAGCAAUAAAUUUGAUUCUCAGUCAUUCCAUACUAUCGGAGUGGAAUUUCUAAAUAAAGAUGUCACAGUAAGUACGGUACCGAUAUUUAAGAAUAUAAUUUCUGUUUGUCUAUUUUAAUAUUUUUUAUUAAAAAUUUUCAUAAUUUAUUGCUUUAAAAUAUAUUUGCCUUGCUAAAAGUCACUAAAAAUGUCUGUAGUUCCAAUUAAUAAAACAUAAGUUAUUGAAAUUUCUAUAUAUUUUUAUAAAAUACUAAAGGGCAAAGUCCUUUAUAUUACAUUUAUUACAUUACUUCCAGAGUUCUACUGUAAAUGAUAACAAAAAAAUACUUAUACAAAUUUUGUUGUAUUACAAUGGAAUGCCGCUAUAAUGAUAAUGGCUCCAGAAAUUUAACCUAUUCAUUAUUUUGUUUAAAGUGCUGGGUAUGUGAAAAAAAAUUAGUACCUGUGUUUAAAAAUUGUUAGAUCUAAAUUACCAAUAUCCGCUUUAUGAGUUUUAAGUACCGUAUCCAUGUCACAAGUGUGGUGUCUUGGGCCCAGGGUGGUGCUUUAGUGGGGGGGGGGGGGGGGGGGGGGGGGCAGGUCCCAUAAAAAUAUUGUGAAACUCCAAAUUAACUUGGCCAAGCUAAUUAAUACGAUUUCAUGGACCCCAAUUAUUCGGUUAAAGCUGGAUUUUUAAGUACUACACCUAUUUGUAAGUACUACAGCUAUUUGUAAGUACUACAACUGUUUUAUAAAUUAUUUUUUAGGUUAACGGUGACAACUACACCAUGCAAAUCUGGGAUACCGCUGGCCAGGAGAGGUUCAAAUCUCUACGAACUCCAUUCUAUCGUGGUGCGGACAUCUGCAUGCUUACAUUUGCAAUGGAUGACAGAAAAAGUUUUGAAAAUCUUCCCAUGUGGAAACGUGAGUUCCUCUAUUAUGCAGAUAUUCAGGAGGGGUCUCCGUUCCCAUUCAUCAUCCUGGGCAACAAAGUUGACAUGCCGAACAGAGAAGUCAGCGACGACGUUGCCCGAUCAUGGUGCACCAAACACGGGAACGUCCCUUACUUUGAGACCAGUGCAAAAGACUCCAUCAAUGUAGAGCUUGCGUUUACCUCAGCUGUUUCUCGGUUUCGGGAGAUGGAAGACCAGUUAGAAAUCAAACAAGUGCAUACAACAAACUCGGUUGAUUUAAGCCGGAAGGCUAAAAGUUCUGGUGUAGGAUGUUGUAGCUAAUUUAUUGAUUGGAAUUCUUCUGUCAUCGUGCUUCUGCUGUGUCAUGCUUCUCGUUCCACUAAAGCAUGGCGAGGAUGUUAUUGUUAUCACUUUCAAAAGAAAUCAUUGUUUUGCACACACUUUUGCUUGCCUGACUGAUAUAAAUAUGGUCUAAUCAAAUACAUCUGGCUGGUCUUUUGAAUCAUAUUUCAAAGUUUAAAAGGAGAAAAUUUUAUUUCUUGCAAGCAAAAUGAAAAUGGCCGAUUAGCUGUGAGCUUCUUGAAAUAUGGCUUUUAAGAUUCAAAGUAAUCAUCGUUUACAGGAAUGGAUCAGGCUGAAUAAAAUAACACCAAAUAGCCACCGGCCCAAAAACAAUAACCGCUUACACGAACGACCCACGAUCACUGAUUUUCCAGAUAUUCCUUUUGCUUGCAACAAAUGAUGUAAAUAUCUAGGUCAGACAUACAAGCUGCACUGUUUCACAGUUUUCACAGUUUUUAUUAUUAUAGAUUUUUUUUUUUCUUCAGAGAGCUACUUUGUUCAUUCAUGAAUUGUUCUUUCAUUUGUACUUGUUUACAUUCUUGUGAUUCUAUGGACUCUUUGUGACAUCGACAGUGACCAAUGAUACAAAUGUUUUGUACUUACGGUUGCAACCUCGCUAGUGGUUGCAAUCUUAUUAUAUGAAUGUAAGUGAUAGCAGCUCAUGAUUCAUUUACUGUUACUGCUUGUGCUAUUUACAAAUGGCUCAUAUUGAUGUCGACAUGAAUCCACUCUGCAGUGUCAUAGAGAGGUCAUCAAACCAGUGACCACCAAGCAUCAGGAGCAACAGAUGACGGCGUCGGGGACCAAAAUGACGUGAAAACACUAUGCCGAUUCUUACAGCUUUCCUCACUGUUCUUUGGUGAAAUGAUAGAAAAAAUUGGGGCAUUUCUUCCAUUGACUUCCAAUGUAUCACCUGAAAAGGAUUUCAGAUGACUAUUUCUUAGUACAGCAGUGAUAAAUAGUGAUAUCAACUAAACCAGGUUAACAUCUGGCUCUACUGAAGGCGUAUUUCUUCAUUGUGGUGAUUUGGUUAAUUUUUGUAAGUUCCUUUGUUAAUUGUGGAUUGUUUCAGUUUUGAGCAUUCUUGUCUUGUACUGAGUUUUAGUAAGAUUAAAAGAAGCUAAAAAUAUCAACUCUACAAUUUUAUGAAAAUUAAUGUGUACGAUUGUUUGACUAAAUUAUUUUAAUUAUUUUCCCAUCAAGGUUUUUGUGUAAAAAGCUUACUUCCAAGUUUUAAAAAAAAUGUGGGGGGGGGGAGAGAGCGUUCAAGCCGUGUGAAGUAAAUAAAUAGUGGUACAACAGCGAGCGUGAAGAAUGAAAAGAGAUUAAUUCAGCUUUUCAGCACCAUAUAACCAUAUGGAAUUAAUCAAAUACUCUCUUACUAGUGGUCCUCAAUUUCUCUCAGUUUCUGUUCUCAUUUUUUGUAGUUUAAAGUAUUAAUUUUACAUUAAUAAUGCUUUAAAAACUUAAAACUUCUACCUUGACAAUAUUCGCCUCAUAAUUAAGUUUUGGUUUUGAAUAGUUUUGCUUCCAAUGUUAUCGUACGACUUCGUUUCUACAUAGAGACUAAGAGAACUAAAUUGUCAUCUGGGAACACUUAAGUUUUUAAUUUCAAUUAAUUUGUUAUUUCUUGUCUUGUCUGCUGAAGAAGGCAUUUGGAUGAAACGUCCUUUUAAUCUGCCAUUUUUUUUUCAAGCAUAAUCAUAUCUUUCUUGUUCCGCUAUUUGUUUUGUUAAAUGAUAUAAAAAACUGUUCCAGUAUUGACUAAAAACAAAGUCAACAUUUAAAAAAAACCUAUCAUGACUCUUUUUAUGUCUCAUGAAGUCAUGGAUUAAGAAGCAAAGAACAAGACAAUUUAUUUUAUUUAAUUUAACCUAUGGACCCAUGUGCUCACAGAGAACCCAGCAUGGAUGAUUGCAUGUCAUUGUUCAUUGUUAUGCAUAUUGUGUUAUUUUCCAAGCUGUUACACCUGACUGACAAGCUUAGUCAUUCAAGUAUGUCAGUAGGAGUGAUAAGAGAGUUACUGAAGUUCAAGGUGUGUUUGGGAUUCAGUGUGUUACUUCGUCUGUUUAAACGUUUGCAAGAUAUUAUAUUGAAUGAGACAAACUUGAUUAGAUAACAUUUCCUUGUCGGCCCUGAGAUUAGAUAAACUGGUUUGAUCACACUUUUAAAAUGUGUUGUAAACAGGCCUUUAUAAAGAAUUCACUUGGAUGAUGGCUUCAUAAAAAUUGACUGGGUGAUGACUGCAGUUAUAUAGGCAGGCCUUCAUAAAGAAUUUACCAGGGUGAUGAAUGCGGUUAUAUAGGCAUGCCUUCAUAAAGAAUUCACCAGGGUGAUGACUGCAGUUAUAUAGGUUAAAAAGAGAAACAUUGGCCCAAGUGAAUUACAGUGAUUUUUAUAUUUCACUCAAAAUUGCCUCGCUGCUAAAUGAUGCAAAUUAGAAAGAUGGUCAACCAAAAUUUGUCCGUAAUUUUUACCCAAUUUUUAUAUGAAUUAACCUUGAGAGAUUUCUGGUUGGGUGUCACAUUCAACUCCUCCGAGUGCUAGAUAUCUGACGUCUGGUAUCCAGCUGGACAUUUAGUCUGUCAUAAUUUAGUACACAACUGAAAGGUGCCAUUUAGUCUGUCAUAAUUUAGUACACAACUGAAAGGUGACAUUUAGUCUGUCAUAAUUUAGUACAAAACUGAAAGGUGACAUUUAAAGGUGUCAUAAUUUGUUGAAUUCUUAAUCUUGUUGUUACUGUUUUGGAAUCUGGAGCAACAACAAAAUGAUGGCAAUAGGAAAUGAUGUAGGGUUGCAUAUAAAGCCAUCAUUGUGAUCAGGAUCCAACUCUACCUAUUUGCACACUCCUUUUUUGCUAUGCUUAGAAUUAUAACUAUAAUUUGGCAAUGCAAACACCUUGUUUUUGUGGGUUUUUUUUUGUUCUUUUCUUUUUGUUGCCGUGUCAUGUAUGACAAAACUGUGAUCAAAACUUGUUCAACUACCAUAAUCAAUAUGUUAAGGUUUGCUUUUUUGUUUGAGUUGAUUGUUCUUGUCAGGGGUCGCUGUUGAAGAGCAAUGAAUGUACUUAGCAUUUAUUUAUAAUAAUACACUGUUUUUCUAUAAAUGUAUAUUUUUUUUAUAAACAUGAUAAAAUAUAAUAAAAUUUUAAAUUUUG